AUGUCCAGCGACCGCGCCCCAACAGCUGACCAGGCCGAGUUCAAUGCUUGGUUCCCCUCACCCUUUUCUCUGACCCAAUAUGUCCCGUCCAAGACGGACUUUGCCGGCGCGGACUACGCCAACAAGGCCUACAAGGGGGGCAAGUGGAAGAUUCUGCUUGUCGGCACCCAGGAGCGCUACCUCCGGAUGGCCGACGGCAAGUUCUUCUCCACGGGCAACCACCCGGUCGAGCUGCUGCUGCCGCUGCUGCACCUUGACGCCGCAGGCUUCGACGUCGAUGUCGCCACGCUCUCGGGCGACCCCGUCAAGUUCGAGGUAUGGGCCUUCCCCCAGGAGGACGACGCCGUGAAGCGCAUCCACCAAAAGUACGCGGACAAGCUCCGCGCGCCGCUCAACCUGCAGGAGAUCUGGUCCAAGGACGGCAACGGCAGCGGCUUUACCAGCGCCACGCCGUACAUUGGCGUCUUCAUCCCCGGUGGCCAUGGCGUGCUCAACGAUGUGCCCUUCUCCGCACUCGUCGGCGACGUGCUCCGGUGGGCGCACGCCAACGACCGCUACUUUAUCACGCUGUGCCACGGCCCGGCGAGCAUGCUGGCGGCGGAUGUCGGCAAGCCCCCGGGCAGCAAGUUCAUCUACGACGGGUACGAGAUUGUCGUGUUCCCAGACUCGCUUGACAAGGGGGCAAACAUUGAGAUUGGAUACAUCCCGGGCAAGAUGGAGUGGCUUGUUGGCGAGUCGCUGGAGAAACUUGGUAUCAAGACGCUGAAUUCAGGCAUCACAGGCCAGGUCCACCGCGACCGCUUCUUGCUGACGGGCGACUCGCCGCUGGCGUCGAACAACCUGGGCAAGCUUGCAGCCAAGACUCUUCUUGAGGAUAUAGCGAAGCGCGGUUAG